UUUCCCUUUCAUACUACACUCCGCAAGGUCAGGGAGAAAUCAAAAUCAAAAUCAAGAUCAAAAUCGCAGAAAACAAAAGUUUGAAAUAGAAUUGGGGAAGAAAAUGAGUCAAAGAAAAUCUGUCAAUGGGAGGCCAUCUGGAACGGACGGCUCUGAUUAUUCUUACCGUAUGGUCGUCGAUUCCAGGUAUACAAAGGUUGCUGAAGGAAAAUCUCGUCUAGGUUCACUGAUCCUUACCCAGGGUUUUAUUCAAUUAAUUGGUGCAGUAAUUCUAUUUCUAUCUACUGUGGAAGGGGGUGGCGUUCUCGAUAGACUUUCCGUUUCGUCGAGUGUUAUUUUCUUUAUUUCUCUGUUAUUAGGAGAAUUAGGUCGCAAGCGCAGUCGAGUUAACCUUUUGAAGCUGUACUUGUUUGGAUCGGCAGUUGCUGCCCUUAUCUCGAUUGUUUGUCUCCUCAAGAGUGGAGAAUCGGUUAAGGUUAUGAAAGAUCUGAGUACGUGGCAGUCAUCAAAGUUUGAGCUCUUAAAAAUCGCUGCUGUUUUACUCGGAAUGCUGGUACAGAUAUACGCAACGAGCGUGGCUACCUCUCUCAUUCACAAUAUGGCUCCUCCCAAAAGGGCGUAAUCGUAAUAUUCGUUGAUACGGGCAGAGCAAAGAUGCUCUCUUGUGCCCUUUCUCUUUUCGAACUAUAGAUGAAAAGCAAAUUUUGGAGACUUUUGAGUGUAGUUUAUGUAGUUGCGUUGGAAAUCAAGAAUCUUGCACUUCAUUCCUAUCAAUUAAUGAUGAUUUUAUUGAUUAA